AAUGUCCCGUUAGCAAACAAGUCUGGGAACAAGGCUAUCAGAUGAUAAACAACAUCCCGAACUUAACAAUACCCACCUCUCUUGAGGACAUCAUUUUUCCUCCACAAACGGUCCCACCAGAAGCACAAAGAGCA